GUUUGGGCGCGCGCUCUGCAGCGGGUCAUGGUGGGAAAUUUGUAUCGUCUCUGGAACAGUGUGGCGUGCGCGCGCUGUAUUCUGACAAACUAUGGCUCUAAACUACCAGACGUCGACCCUUUCUUUGACUUUGCCAAUUUCGUGUCAGAUAUGUUUAGGAAAGGUCAGACAGCCUGUGAUUUGUGCCAACUACCACGUGUUCUGUUCCUCCUGCAUGGAAAUGUGGUUAAAGAAAGCCAGCCAGUGUCCUGCCUGCAGAGUCCCCAUCACAGCGGAGAAUCCCUGCAGAGAAAUCAUUGGCGGUACAAACGAAAGUGAUCAUAGCGAGAGUGCUUCUACAAGGAAAUGUCUUAGAAAAACUAGAGGAGAAUUGCUUUUACGGGAGUAUGAGGAAGAAAUUGAAGGACUCAUUAGAGAGAAUGAAGACCUGAAAUCAAAAAAUCUAAGCUUGGAGGCACAGUUGAAGACUGCUUUGCAUCCAAGCAGCAUUAAUACAAUGCAAAGUGGCGACAAAAAGGUAGACGCCCACAUCCUGGAAGAAUGGACCAACAAGCUGCGAACUGCCUCCGAUGUUUGCGAUAAAGUCAAGCAGGACAUGGAUAAGCUUAAAGAGGCAAAUAAGGGAUUACGAUCUCAAAAUAUCGAUCUUGUACAAGAAAAUAUGAGAUUGAAAGCAGAGGUGGCAAGCAGAUCUCCUCAGAAGUUUGGUCGUUACACAGUGGCAGCACUAGAAGCUAAAAUCCAGCAGAACGAGCGUGAUGUAGACCACUUGAAGAGGGCUCUGGAGCGAAGUGACCAGUACAUUGAAGACCUGGAGUCUCGGAUCAGAAAGUCUGAAAAAUGUUUUGAUGGGCAGGAAGCCUGUGCAAGUAGCAAGGGUGGAUCAGACACACUCACACAGCAACAGAAAAUCAAUAUGAUGAUGAGAAGCUUGAGUGACACUGAAAGGCAGUUGAUCUGCAGUAAUCCAGAGACGGAAUGCCCAACAUUUUCAAGCAAUCGCAGUUUGGCAUACGUGCCUUCUGCAGAUAACAAGGAGUUUAAUAAAAGUCAAACUAAAGAUCAGAAAAAUGAACAUUUAGAAUACAACUCUGAUUUUUUGCCCACCACUCCCUCUUCCGCCUUCCGAUCCUUGACGCUGAGGAGCCCUGGCAUCCGUGAAAAAAAAGUUGCAUUUAAGCCUAUGUCCCAUCUGAGGAGGCUAGACUUUGAGGAGUUUCCUAGUCCCACAAAGAGUAACGGCAACAUGGAGGAUCAAUUCAGCAGCACUGAUAAAUUUACCAAAGAUUUGCCUUCAGCUACUAUGGACCAUUCCAAGUCUGGCUUCUGGGGUGGCUGGCAAAGUUCUAAUUCUAAUGAGCAGUCAUGCCCAGGUGCAAGUAAAGAAAGCUCAAUUAAAGGGUCCACAUCCAUUAAUCCUGUAGUUGAGACCAAUAGCUUCCACAUGUCCAGUGAGGCCUCCAUGGAUGCAGCCUACCUGGACAAAAUCUCUGAGUUGGAUAGCAUGAUGUUGGACGGAGAAAGUUCCAGUAGCCGGGGGUCACAGCUCUCUCUGGCUUCCUUUCCUGCCAUAGACCUAGACAACACUGUCAUCCCAGAACCACAAACCUGCCCUGUUGUUUUAUCGAGCCACAGUGGCAAACCUGUGCUGCAGUGUGACCAGCCAACCCAUCCACAGCGUGACAAUAUGGAUGCCACCUUGAAUAGCACAGAGGCUCCAAAAGGCUCAGCAGAGGAAAGUUUUACUGGAGUGGUGUCAGGUAGGGAGAGUGGUGCCCAUCUUGUUGGUUGUGCUGGGUAUGAAGGGGCCUCUCAGGCUGAAGAAUUGUCUUUUGACUUGCUGUUUGAUCCGCAGGAAGGGAAUAAGCCAGGUCCCUCUGGCUCUCUCAGUCCAAGCCAAGACCAUGACAGUUUAAACUCCCCUACCUCUUCCUCCUCCAGCUACACCGGUAGACCUGUGAACACAAGAGAAAGCUUUUCACUAAAUAUCAGCCAGCCAAUAAAGAGAAAGUCUCACAGUCCUUUUAACAUAAGCAGUCCCACAAAGCUUUCAAAGCUCAUGUGAAGGGGUUAAAAAGCAGGAACUCAGUUCACUGUACUGUGCACUGUUGUGUUCUAGUCAGGUUUGACAACCACACAUGGCUCGAAAUACUAACUCCAGUGUUGCUUCAAGAUAUAUUUGUGUAUGUGAUGCUUGGUAAUAAACGUCUAGUAUUGUAAUUUUGUCCACUGUGGUGGUUCAUAGAUUAAUGGAAACUGUAACUGGUUUCUUAGGUUCUGUAGUGCACUGGUUUGUCUGGCCUGAAUAUGUGUAUGUGUUGUAAUUGAACGACCACCUCUGUGCUGUUCACUGUAGUAAAUUGCUCUUGUCAUUGUCAUCUUUGUAUGACAUGCAAUACUAAGACAAGUGAACAUGAGAAACAGUCAUUUGAAUUAAGUAAUACAAAAAAUAAAAUUAUACAUUGACACAAUGA